GUUUCUACAAGUAGCUAGUAGUAACAACACAAAAGCAAUUAGAAAAUAGGGCAAAAAAAAACAAGAACAAGAAAAUGGAUCCAAGAAGGCAUGGGAAGCUACCAUUAUCUUCAUCAUCAGAUGCAAAAGAGAAGAGAGAAGAUGAUGAUGAUGCUUCUUAUUAUGGAUCUUCUUGGUGCACACCUGAAGACACUGACAUGUCAACCAUGGUUUCAGCUCUUGCUCAAGUUAUGGCAACUUCCAAUAAUAAUAAUAAUCAAAACCCUCAUCACAUGAUGCUGCCACAAUCAAACCCUUUUCCUCUCUCAAAUGAACCUCUUCAACCUACUCACCCUCUUCAAGAUCAAGAGGAGGGGCCAAAUAAGAAGAAGCCACACUACAGAGGAGUGAGACAGAGGCCAUGGGGAAAAUGGGCAGCAGAAAUUAGAGAUCCAAACAAAGCAGCAAGAGUCUGGCUUGGAACCUUUGACACUGCUGAAGAUGCUGCUUUAGCUUAUGACAAAGCUGCUCUCAAAUUCAAAGGCAACAAAGCCAAGCUCAAUUUCCCUAAAAAACUUGUUCAACCAAACACUACUCAACAACAACAACCUAAUAACAACAACAUGCUACAACAACAACUACAAGGUGGUUCUGCCUUUCAAUUCAGUGGUUCAGCUUCUAAUGCUAUUCUUCCUACACUCUAUUCACCAUCAUCAUCAUUAUCCUCAACACAUGAUCAUCAAGUUUUCCCAAACUUGUUUCAGUAUGCACAGAUUCUUUCAAGUGAUGAAUCAAAUUUCCCUUAUUACACUUCACAUCUUUUCAAUCAACAACAGCAACAGCAACAGCAGCAGCAACAGUUGCAACAAUCUUUGAAUCCAUCAUCCUAUUUCUACAACCAACAACAACAUGAUCAUGAAGGAGGACACCAUCACCACCAAGAUCAGUAGUAUAUAUAUAAAAAUAUAUUGUAUGUGUCCGUCAACUGCUGUGUAUGUUGCUGCUGCAUAAAUAUAUAUCCUUUAUGACCUCUUUCUUUCAAUAAAAAAUAUUGGAUGAGUCAUCAUUAUCACCAAUAUGACAAUAUCUCAUAUGAAAUAAUUAUGCUUAUUUCUAGAGAUUAGUACUUUAACCAUAAU